ACAUUUGCAAGAAGCAGCCAGUGGUGAGUUACUAGCUGAUAAUAUGUCGUGUUGGAGUUUGAACUUUGACCAUGCGCUAAUACUACAUGGGAUGAACUCACAACAUUGACACAGGAGAUUUCUUCGCUGCAUAUUUUUCCUCAAAAAGGAUACGUUUUUUUGAAGGUUGUUUCAUAUUUUGUUGUGUGUUAACAAAUGGAACACUACUCAGAGUCAGGUUGCGAUGGCAUUGAAUUGUUAGAUUUGUUGUUUGACAAAAAUGAUGGAAUCCUUCGUCACGAGAAAGUGGAUCGCAGCAGCCAACCAUGGCCUAUUGUGGAGCCUCAGCAGUUGAUUCAGCCACAAGGCAACGAGGACUUCCUGAGUGCUUUGUUGAGUGGGACGGACUCUGUGACGGCGUCACCCCAGUGGUCCCCCUCUCGUAGUGAUAGCGGGAUCAGUGAGGACACCUCUGAUCAUAUGGACAGCCCCCUGCCCCCUCAGAGCCCCCCACUUGAGUCCCAGUACGUCUACCCUUCACCUACACCCAGGCCCCUCAACCCUACUGAGACAGACCUUCCCAUCGAUCUGACUGGCUGGGAGCCUGGCAUGUUUCCGGGCAAGACAGACGAGAUGCUCUACGGGUCUCCGGAGCAGAGUAGCCAGCUGUCCUCUGGUUUCCCCAUGACUGUGAAGGACCUGCUCCUCUGCGGCAAGUCUGAAGCUCCCCAACAGGCCUCCCAGCUGUCUGUUCAAGAGCUGAUUUUGAAUGAGGACGAGAGGAAGCUGCUCGCUAAGGAAGGAGUGAUGCUACCUGCCCAGCUUCCCCUCACCAAGUAUGAGGAGAGAAUUCUGAAGAAAAUCAGGAGGAAGAUCCGCAACAAACAUUCAGCGCAAGAGAGCCGGAAGAAGAAAAAAGAAUAUAUCGACGGGCUCGAGUGCAGGAUGGCUGCAUGCUCCACACAGAACCAGGAGUUGCAGAGGAAGGUCUUCCAGCUGGAGAAGUGUAAUAUAUCAUUGAUGGAGCAGCUUCGGAGGCUGCAGGCAAUGGUCCUGAAAGGAUCUAAUAAAACUGCACAGACUGGUACAUGCGUGCUGGUGCUUCUCCUGUCCUUCUCACUGAUCUUGUUCCCCAGCCUGAAGCCGUUCUCUGAGAGCAAGGUCACUAGAGGGGACUUCAGCCCAGUGAGGGUUCAGUCCAGAUCCUUGCACAAUAUGCAUUCGUCACGUGUGAUCCAUGCACAUGAGCACCAGUCCCCCAUGCCAGAGGACCCUGCAAUGCUGAAACCACUUCCUGGAAGCAAGCCGGUGGAUGAUGUUAGGGCGUUCCUGGAGAAACUCGCCAUAGGACAAAGGCUGGCCAAUUUUGACACCAUCCCUCACAACAAGAGCCUCCAUGAUUACCUCCAUCACCAUGGUGACCCUAUUACUGGCCAUAUUGCAACAGUAACCUUGAGGCCCGGCGCAAAAAUUCCCCCACAUGCCGAUGACAUGUGAAGAGGAGACAUGGGAAGCCCUACCAACUGCAGUUCAAUACGUGUCAUGUGAGGAGGAUCAGGGAGUCAUUGGGAGCAGGCACAGAGGGAGGGAGGGAAGGAAGGAGAGAUAAAGAAGAGGAGACUGUCAAUUCUCAUUUUGUUAUACAUUUGCUUUGUUUCAUUAACAUUAUUCACACUUAAACUUGCCGAAUUGAUUUAGAAUUAAUGUCAAAUGUGUUUCAUGUGAUGAGUAUCUGAAGGAAGGAUACAUGAUUAUUAGAAUUAACUUCUUGCAACACAAAUUGUUACUCAUUACCAACAUUUCUUAAUCCAAAUGGUCAAGAAAUGUAAUUACCUAAAGAGAUGAAAACACAUGUUGAAAAUGCUAUGCAUUUGAAAAUGAAUAGCUGUGAAUCAUAGUUGACCAAGUCAUGUAAUAAAUCAUUUUUAUAAAGAA